UACAAUGGACGAGUCCGACAGACGUCGUAGACCUGGGUGUAGAAGGCAGAUACACGUUCAAUUGUCUGCGGGCACUGGCCGGUACUCCUGCAAGGCGUCCACGGGAUCGUGUUCAGCGAGUCGCAAGACAUGUCUCUCAUGACGGUUGCUGCAGGACAAUCGAUGCAACGCAAAAACAUGGUGGUGCGAGGUGUGGUGAGGUGGGUCAACCGACGUCUUCGUGUGGAUAGCGCCUAUUUGUCAUCAUAUGUCGCGCGCGUUCGUCUGCGCCUAAUGUUCUGCAACUAGCUGUAAAGGCAUAGUCCAAGAGCCCCGGCAUUUCGCGUGGCGUUUGGCGCCCGAACAUAAAGGACCAGCAGCCACAGUCGCGUACCGAUACUGUCCUCGCACUUACCUCGACUGUGUGUCCCCAUUGCUCCGCGCUCUGCAUUGCAUCACACAAGCGUAUACGUUCUAGCUUCACAGCAUCAAUACACAAUGUUGUCGACCACUCAUCCUCAUCACAACGGCUCUUACCUGCGGGCUCCCAUAAUACCCAUUGGAGACGCCACCCCCACAACGUCCAGGGAACACGUCAAUGAUAUGCCCGCCAUAUCCCAGUCGCGCGUCCGCAGCACAUCUUUGGAGACCACGUCGACGAGCUCCUGGAGCACACAAGCAUAUACGACAGACAGUCAAGCCAAACCCGAUUUUCCCCUUGGACACCCAGGAUCUGAUGACUUUGCGACUCGUCGUAUUGAAGCACCGCUGCCCUUGUCUGGAGGGGCCGUCUUCAACCCAAUCCGUAGCAACACCGCUCGCUCUGGGUAUCGCUCCACCUUCGCCAGCGGAAGCAACCUUGAGGCCUUCAGGCUCCCCAGGGGUGCGAUCCUUAACCCUGUCUGGAUCGCUAUGCCCGAAGUUGGGCUGGGAAACAUCUCCGGUGGUCGCGCAGACCUCGAACCAUUUAGGCCGAGCCUUGCUCAUGGCCCGUCAUGGCUCGAGUACGCCGGUGAACGGAAGCAGGUCACCAGAGUCCUGUGGCAGUCUCCUCCGGCGCCCAAUUACGAAGCGUCCGACGAUUUCGUCUGCACCGCCGCGCUUGGUAGUUACGACUACCUGCACAUCGAGGGGUCGACGCCGAACGUCGAGAUAAUGGAACGUGAUAUGGGCCCAUCGGAGGAGGCGAAGGCGGUUGCCAUGCGGUAUCAUGCGCUGUGGCGGGAGGCUGAGAAGAUGGUCGGGAGUGCUGGCGAGGAUCCAUUGCUGGAGAAACCCCCAUAAAGGCCGCCACCAACCCGAACUCGAGUUGCAUAUCCCCGUCUUUGUCCC